AUGUCGAUUACACAAACUGGUGUUUACGUUGAUGACCACAAGCAUCUUAAGCUCAAAUCAGUCAAGCAAAUUGGUUAUUUGAACCCAGAUCGAAUUCUUCAGAUUAGUAAUUUUGAUGAGUUUGUUGAUAAUUUUCAAUUGAAGUAUAAUUUUGUAGACAAUUUCACUUCCAAAUCUCAAACAAAAUCCAAUUAUAAAUGUCAUAUCAUAUUACAUGAUAUGACAUUUAUAAACGUCUCCCCUGUUCUUCCCACCAAAAUGCUAAUAACUUCACCAUCUUCAACCUCCAUAAAUCUCUGUUCCUUACCCACCAUUUUUUCUCUUUGUAACAAACUCAAGAAACCCAGAAAAACCAAGAAACGAAAACGUAAUAGUAAUCAACUUCUUAUAAGUCCCAAUAAAGGCAAUAAUCUUUCAUUUCCAGCUUCAAUUUCAACUCCUCAUCUCCCAAUAAACCAAGUUCCGCAUAAUCAAACCAAAAUCCAAGCUCUUGAUGCAGUUGUUCGCGAUCUUGAAGAAGCAUUACUCAAACAUGGAGUAACUGUUGAUACUCAAACCUUUUGUUCCCUUCUUGAGAUGUGCUUUCAAUUGAAGGCAAUUGAGCAAGGAAUUUGGAUACAUCGCUUGAUACCAUCAAAAAUGUUUUGUAUAAAUGUCGGGGUUGUCUCGAAAUUGCUUAGAUUGUAUGCUUCAAAUGGCUGUGUUGAGGAAGCACACCAACUGUUCGAUGAAAUGCCUAAUAGAGAUGAGUCUGCUUUUGUUUGGAAUUCUCUUAUUUCUGGGUAUGCAGAGUUGGGGAUGUUUGAGGAUGCACUUGCACUGUAUUUUCAGAUGGAAGAAGAGGGAGUGGAGACUGAUAAGUAUACAUUUCCUCGUGCUUUGAUGGCUUGUAGUGGAAUUGGGUCGAUUCGUGUUGGGGAGGAACUUCAUCGACAUGUUCUUCGUUGUAGAUUUUAUAACGAUGUUAGCAUGUUGAAUACACUUGUAGACAUGUAUGCUAAAUGUGGUGAUAUAGUGAAAUCUAGGAAUGUUUUCGACACGAUUCGUUCUAAGGAUUUGGUUUCAUGGAAUUCAAAGAUUUCAUGGAGCAUUUGA